AUAGAAAGAAAGGAAUCUUCUUCUUCUUCUUCGUCUUCCCACGGCGGAGAGAAACCAAAAAAAUCAAUCAAUCAAAUGGAGCUUCCUCCUCCACCGGAAAGAUCGAAACGCCUCCAUAACUUCACCUUACCUUAUCUCCGAUGGGGUCAGCAAAGAUUCCUCCGCUGUGUCAAGCUUCCUCACCACCGAUCUCCUUCUUCCUCUUCUCCUUCUCCCGAUCAUAGAUCCCACAACGGUACUGGAGAGCUCAGCCUCGAUCUCGUCUACGAUGGCGGCAACAAUAAACCUAAGCUCUCCUCCGUUUUGGGAAAUGGUGGAGAAGAUAGGACCAACAACAACACCAGCGGCGAUGUUGCUGUUCGGCCGUGGAAUCUGAGGACCAGAAGAGCUGCUUGCAACGAACCUGGAGACGAAUCCACGAGGAUCGUCGACUCUUCUUCUUCUCUUCGGAGACAUGAAAUUGGGGUGAAGAGAGGAGGUAGCAGCGAAGAUGGUGGUGAUGGAGAUUUUCACAACAACAACAACAACAAAGUUAAAUUCUCUGUUUCUUUGUUGAGAGAAGAAAUCGAACAAGAUUUCUCAGCAUUGAUUGGUAAAAAACCUCCCAGAAGACCAAAGAAGAGACCAAGAUUGGUUCAGAAGCAAAUGAAUACUCUUUUUCCAGGAUUGUGGCUAGCAGAAGAAGUAACAGCAGACUCAUACGAUGUUCCUGAGGCUGUGGAAACGUGAUAACAAAGUUUUCUUCCUCUAUUUUGGGGUCAGCUUCUCUUCUAUCCAAGAAAAUGUAUCAACUUUGUUUUUUUCCACUUCUGUAAAAAAGGAAGAUAAAAAUAUGUAGCAAUGUGCUCAGGUUUUAGUGAUUGAAGCCAUUUACUUUGGUUUCCUUUAAUAUUCUUCUUUUGUUGUAAAAGAGACAACUUGGGGGGUUUUUUUUUUCUCCGUUACCAAAGCUAAUUGUAAUAUCUCCAUGGCAAUGGAAUCUCCUGGCUGUUUUUGUUAUCAAUAAUGCAGCUCUCUGCAACUUUCUUA